AUGACGAUGCAGAUUUCGGACAAGGUGGACGUGGACUACGUGCCCGUGGAGGCUGAGCCGCUCCACAAGCAGCGCUGGCGUAGUGAGAACCGUGCGUCUUGUGGCCGUGGACUUUCCACCGCAUACGAAGUGUUUUACCCUCACGGUGAGGAACCACGACCUCUAGUUCAUGAGAAAGGCUCUGUCUUCUGUCGUGACCACACCAAAGACAAGUUGAUCCAUUCAGCGGCCACCCUCGAUAAGCCUGCAUUUCUCAUCGAGAUUGAGUUGCUUAAGGAAAAGGCUGAUGUCAUGCCGAAUGAACACUUACCGUUGCACCCUGGAAUCAAGAAUUUUAAGAACGAUCCAGAAUGUCGUGUGUACGGCUUCGAGCUGCAGAACGAUGACCAGGCUGAAAUCGCACUUAACUUGCCAACUGAAGCCGUGUUGGUAGCGCUAGACGACUGUGAAGUGGAGAUCACCAAAGCUUCAAGCAACAAGCAAGAAGAUACCACGCACCAGGUCGUGCUGAAAGUUGGUGACGAUGUCCAACUGCUUGCUGGCAAAUUCGGUAUCAAGUUUGUGUCUUCAGCUUCGAAGAAGGCGCAAUUCCAUUUGGUUGAGGUGUAUUAG